UACUCGGCCCACCCAACUAGGCCCAACUACGCUAUCUUCCUCUCAAGUCCCAACUUACUGCGCAUAACAGACCCUAGGCGUCACCCAACGGCGCCGACCGACUCUCCCCUGCUUCCCUCUCGGUCGCGCGCAACUCGCCAGGAUCUCCCUCUCGUUCGCGACCAGCCAGCAUCUCCGCCAGCGGCCAGUCACAGCAGAGCAAAAUAUUGUUGUGCUUGAUCAGAAUUCCCCCAUCUUCGAGUUUCCAGGAAGUGUGAACCAUCUUGGUUCGUUUCCUUCCUACCUCGCCUCAAAAUUUUCUCUUCGUCGAUCCGCUCGAUUCUUUCGACGGACUCUCGAUCCAGGAGAAAAGAUGAAGUUUGAUCUACCAUCUUUCGAUGGGCCUGGAUGGGUCAGGGACAGAGAGGCCACAGCGGAUAGGGCCGCUCUGCCGAACCAAAUUCCACCACCUGCUCCUCGUAUUGUGCUCAAUCGGCCGACGUUUGCCGAAACUGUUGCGAGGGCCAUGAGAUUGACCGGAGCAUUGUUACUCCUCCUCAGGUCAUGGCCAGAAAUCUGGAAGGUGGUCGUCCCAAUGUGGCUGGAGGAGGAGACCGUUCAUCAUUUACAUUCUAUGUGUUUGUAGUUAUCCUCGGCCUUAUGGUAAUCGCCGCAGGCCUUGGAAAAAGGCAGUCCGCCUCGACUUCGACUUCCGUGGCUCUGCCUCCCGAAGAAAGUACUACUGCAUUUGAGGUUUUUGUGGUGACUUGCCCAUCGGGCUUUUGUUCUAUGCACGGGGUAACCUGCACAGGAGAUUUAAUUAAUAAUAAAUGGGUUGCACACGGUAUAUGGGGCGUGAGGGCGGAUGGAACUGUUAAGAAGCAUUGCCCUAUACCGGCUGUGUCAACCUACGCCACUGAUGUAAGUUGCCUUGAGUUGGCUGCUGCAGUAAUUGCGUACUUAUUAUACUAUGCGUCUGAUUUGUUGUAACUGCCAUGAUUCUG